AUGGCCUUUCGGUUCAACUGGCCCGAAUUCGAUGCCGGCUUUUACGAUGAAGCUAAAAUACAGCUGGAGACGGCUCUCAACAAAGGCAACAAGCCGAAAAACAUUGUCGACCACAUUACUGUAAAAGAAUUACACAUGGGUAGCAAGCCACCAGAGCUUGAAAUCCUUGAAGUGGGCGAGCUAACAACGGACAAGUUCCGUGGCAUUUUUAAACUCACUUAUGCAGGCGAUGCAUACAUUGUUUUGCAAACCAAAGUACAGGCGAAUCCAAUGCAUAAUAAGCAACCAUCCGAUCCACGACAACGUCUCUUUCGACCCGGCAUCCUUGCAGCUGACAAACCAUUGGUGGUGCCAAUGCUUUUGCGCAUUAGCGAUUUGAAAUUACGAGGCAUUGUGGUGUUGGUAGUGUCCAAGACAAAGGGCAUUACCCUUGUGUUCAAGAACGAUCCAUUAGAGAGUAUCAUCAUCAGCUCAACUUUUGACAGCGUCACGAGCGUGCGAAACUUUUUACAACGCGAGAUUGAAAAGCAGCUGCGUAAACUCUUCCAAGAGGAUCUACCGGUCAUGAUUCACAACCUUAGCGUGCGCCAUCUUCAAACAAAGCAGGAGCAACAGGAACAAAAAGAACGUGCAUCCGCUUGCAGUAGCAGCAGCAGCAGCAUUGGUAGUCGAACCCCCAUCAGUCCAAUGUCCAUCAAUGGUCUUCCACCCUCUUUAUCCUCUUCUUCUUCAUCCUCCUCCUCCUCCAUGUUUGUUGAUGAUGAUGAUCGAUUAUCAUCCCUUUCAUGUUCUUUGCCACAAACGCCAGCCGACACUGAAUUUUUUGAGAUGCCACCUCCUUACAUACCACAAGACUUUGCCGAUCUUUAUCCUACGGUGAUGGACAAGCCUUCAUCAUACGGUGCACUUGGAUUGCGAACCUCUUUACCUUCAUCCUACUGCCCAUCCGAACAUGAUACCUAUAGCCAGUGCAUGUCGUUGAUGGAAUAUGGAUCGCUGUGUAGUGAAGAUUCAAGUCGCAGCAGUAUCAUGGCAGCCUCUACCAGUAUCUAUGACGACGAUCCUGAGAAUGCACCAUGGUAUGUGAUGGAAGGUCCCGAGAUCCCAUCCUUAGUGGCCAUGGAUGCAUCGGCUGAACUUGUUCCAAGCUUUCCACAAGAGAUUGUUUUACGCCCUACAGAAAAUGGUCUUGCAGCACGGCUGGCCCAGUUGACAAGCACCCAUCAUACUCUUUCAUUAUUGUCACCUGCGGUUGCACAUUCUAUUUGUCGAAGUUCACCGCAUAAUACCAUGGUAGCUACUCGACAACGACGACGUCGUAACAAGGUGCCCAAACGUCGCAUCAUUCGCUUAUCAGGCUUCUAA